AUGGCAUUUCAGCAGAAGAAUGUCCCCAUGCUAACCCCACCCAAUUUGUAUUUCCUGAGCACCAAGCUGUGGCGCAUGUUCUUGGACAAAGCGAGCUUCAUUCGACCACCGGAUCCCUCGAUCAUCUUGCACCUGUCGGCUUUGAUCGCGGCUUCGAUCUUGAUCGGACUCAACGUCGCUCAAUACUUCAUCGGCAAAGAGCUGCAGGGCAAUAUCAACCAGGACGGCACGAAGAUGCUGGCCCUGCAAAUCACGGCAAAAGUUCACGAGCUGCUCAUGCUUGCCUCGCUCAGCAAAAUCCUUUGGUCCUUUGUGCUGGAUCACCUCGUUACGUCCUCUGGCCUGCCACUCUGUACUCUCUCGGCGGGGGAGAGGUUCGCCGACAUAUCCUAUCUGUGGUCGUUUGAAUUCCGAGCAGCCCUGAGAGCUCACUUCAGGGGCAAAAACAUCUUUCUUCUUGUGGCCGUGGUUUGCACAAUUCUCGGUAUCAUCGUGGGGCCUGCUUCAGCGACGGCGAUGGCUCCCAACCUGCAGGAUUGGCCGGCCGGACAGAUAUCCGUUCCACUGAACGUUUCCAGCGAUAGAUUGUGCCCCAUGGUUCUCGAUCAGAGCUCCACGCCGGACAUGAGAUGCACCGAGUUGUGGCAAGAUUGCACCCCGAAUCGGACGUGGUCGGCAUUGACAACCAACCUCUUCUCCUUCUGGGGCCAAGAGGCCUACGGACACCUCCAGGGUAUGCCUGAAUUGGCCAAUCUACCCGCCAGUCAGACCAUUCGAACCAUGCGAACGCGCUUUCGAGGCCCAUUCAGCUUAUACCAGCCACAGUAUACUUCGGCCACGGUGCAGCCUGUCUGGGCAGCGAACAAAGUGAACGGAUUGAGGUUACUGUGGUUUGCCAACAACGAUGUAAACUGCGAUCGAGGACACGGUGGAUACUGCAAUUACAAGGACAUCACAUGGUCAAUCCCACUUCUACAGCCGGUGGUGCGGACACUGUGCGCCCGGGUCCAGAGCACGGACGAGGUUCUGUUUCCUAUUAUGGCUGAGGAUGUCGACGCGCUGGCCGGAAUCACUCUGAACAUGACGCCUCUUGGCCAGUUCCCCGCGCAGCGUUUCCAGCUGGUUGAACUUGGUGGCAACUCAUCCUCCCACACAUCCGUCGGGGCACUUGUGCAAGUACCAAACCCCGAGACCGGCGCCGACCCGGCCGCUUCGUACGCAUGCAGUAUCGACGCCGACUGGGCGAGAUCGAGCGUCUCCAGCACGUUUCUGGGCUCGCCGUUCGUGGUCGACGGCUAUCCUCCCGACUUUUUCGAGCCGGACGCAGAAGGGAGCACCUACUCCGGCACACGGAUCAAGAUCCACCCGUCCUGGGGCGUGUCGUUGAACCCCGUGGUUGACGACAGCCGCGUCUCGAACCAAACCUCCUUCGACAUGCUGUACUCGGCAGGGUACAUGCCUACGACAAGCAGCGACGCGCAGUUCAAGAUCGAGGCGAUACUGGCCGUGCUUGUUGCCGAGGGCAUGUCUUGGAUCGGGUCCGAAGCAGACAUCGGCACCGGAGUCUCCGCCGCGGACCUGGCCUCGAUGUCGUGGGAUAAACUGCCCCAGCUCGAGUCAGUCCCCGGCGCCCACAGGCUCACCUUUGUGACCUCCAUUCUCGGCUACGGCUACGGAUUGCGCUCCGCCGAAGCUUACUCCGUCGGCAGACUGCUGUCGUUACUGACCCUGGCCAUGUACUGUGCGGUUGUUACGGCGUACAUGAUCACGCAAAUCGCGCGGAAUCGGCAAAGCACGCGGAUCUGGGAGAAUAUGCUCCAGAUGGUCUCGCUUGCGUUGCAGAGUCCAUCAGCUCACCCUGGUCCGUCGAAUAUUGGAGAUUCAAAGGGGAGGGCUCUCCUGAGGAGAAAAGUGAGGAUCGUGUUGCGCAAUGGCCAUGCUGGAAUGGUGCUAGAUGGAUUUCAAGGACCGGGACCCACGACCAAGUGA